AUGGGUCUGAACUUGGAGGAAAUCUAUGGCCAAUCUAUAGUGGAAGAGCAGAAACCGAACGAGUAUUCGGAGUACCAGCCCAAGCAGGGCUAUGGCUGGGCCAACACCCUGCCCGAGCGGCAGGGUCUCUACGACCCUGAAUAUGAAAAGGAUGCCUGUGGUGUAGGCUUUGCUGCUCAUAUCAAGGGCAAGCCCAGCCACAAGAUCGUCUCCGAUGCUCGCAAUCUGCUCUGCAACAUGACCCAUCGUGGUGCCGUCGGCUCCGACGCGCGAGACGGUGAUGGUGCCGGUGUCAUGACCUCCAUCCCUCACAAGUUCUUCAUCAAGAACUUUGCUCGCGAAGUCGGCGUCGACCUCCCGCCCUUGGGUCAGUAUGCCGUCGGAAACUUGUUCUUCAAGCCCGACCAGGAGUCGCUCAAGGAAUCCACCGCUACGUUCGAGGAGAUCGCCACCUCCCUCGGCCUGCGCGUCCUGGGUUGGCGUGAGGUCCCUCGCGACUCGACCAUCCUCGGUCCCGCCGCCCUCUCGCGGGAACCCAUCAUCAUGCAACCGUUCGUCGUCCUCAAGUCGGCGUACGGCGAGGGGAACAAGCCCGAAAUCACUGACCCUGAGCAAUUCGAUGAGCGGACGUUCGAGCGUCAGCUGUAUGUUCUCCGCAAGCGGGCCACCCAUGUCAUCGGUCUCGCCAACUGGUUCUACCUGUGCUCUCUGAGCAACCGCAACAUUGUCUACAAGGGUCAAUUGGCCCCCGUCCAGGUCUACGAGUACUACCACGACUUGGUGAAUGUGGACUACGAGGGUCACUUUGCUCUGGUUCACUCGCGUUUCUCUACCAACACCUUUCCCUCUUGGGACCGUGCUCAGCCGCUGCGGUGGGCUGCUCACAACGGUGAAAUUAACACCCUGCGCGGAAACAAGAACUGGAUGCGCGCCCGCGAAGGUGUGCUCAAGUCGGAAAUCUUCGGGGAUGAGCUGGACUCGCUGUACCCCAUCGUCGAGGACGGCGGGUCCGACUCCGCAGCGUUCGAUAACGUCCUGGAACUCCUGAUGAUCAACGGAGUCCUUUCGCUGCCCGAGGCCGUCAUGCUGAUGAUCCCCGAAGCCUGGCAGGAUAACCCGGCUAUGGACCCGGCCAAGGCCGCUUUUUACGAGUGGGCUGCUUGCCAGAUGGAGCCGUGGGAUGGUCCCGCCCUCUUCACCUUCUCCGACGGACGCUACUGCGGUGCGAACCUCGACCGAAACGGUCUGCGUCCCUGCCGUUUCUACGUGACCGACGACGACCGCAUCAUUUGCGCGUCCGAAGUCGGUGCGGUGACCAUUGACCCCGAGCGGGUGAUCCAGAAGGGUCGUCUCCAGCCCGGAAAGAUGCUCCUGGUCGACACUGUGGCCGGGCGCAUCAUUGAUGAUACGGAGCUGAAGCAGACCGUGGCCCACCGCCAGGACUUUGCGGGUUGGUUGGAGAAGGAGCUGCUGAAGCUUCCCGCCAUCAAUAAGAAGCUCUUGGAAGAGAACGUGGACCUCAGCUACGCGCUCGAUGAGACCACUGUCCAGAAUGACCCCCGCCUGAAGGCUUUCGGAUACUCUUUCGAACAAGUCAGUCUGCUUCUCGGUCCCAUGGCCGCCGAUUCCAAGGAAGCCCUCGGAUCGAUGGGUAACGAUGCCCCUCUGGCGUGUAUUGCCGAGCAACCUCGUCUCCUCUACGAAUAUUUCCGCCAGCUGUUUGCCCAGGUCACGAACCCUCCGAUUGACCCCAUUCGUGAGGCCGUGGUCAUGUCCCUGGAGUGCUAUGUUGGCCCUCAGGGUAACCUUCUGGAGAUGGAGCCCUCCCAGUGCCACCGUUUGCUUCUGCCCUCUCCCAUCCUGAGCAUUCCGGAGUUCAAUGCCCUGAAGAAUGUCAACAAGGUGCACAAGGAUUGGACCGUCAAGACGAUUGACAUUACCUUUGAGAAGCAGAAGGGUAUCCCAGGCUAUCUGGAGGCCCUCGAUGCCAUCUGCGAUGCCACCACGGAGGCAAUCCAAGAUGGCGACAAGGUGAUCGUCCUUUCUGACCGUGCCACCUCGGCUGACCGCGUCCCUGUGUCGUCCCUGCUGGCCACUGGUCUGGUUCACCACCAUCUGGUUCGCAACAAGUGGCGAUCCCUCGCUGCCCUGGUGGUGGAGACCGCUGAGGCUCGUGAGGUUCACCAUAUGUGUGUGCUGGUUGGUUAUGGUGCUGAUGCUAUCAACCCCUACCUCGCGAUGGAGUGCAUCCUCAAGAUGAACCGGGAGAAGCUGAUUCGGAAGCAGCUCCCCGACGAGAAGGUCAUUGAGAACUACAAGGCCUCGUGCGACGGUGGUAUUCUCAAGGUCAUGAGUAAGAUGGGUAUCUCGACGCUGCAGUCCUACAAGGGUGCCCAGAUCUUCGAGGCCCUUGGUAUCGACGAUGCUGUCAUCGACCGGUGCUUUGCCGGAACGGCCAGCCGUAUCCGCGGUCUGACCUUCGAGCUGAUCGCGCAGGAUGCCUUCGCCUUCCACGAACGCGGAUACCCCUCUCGUGGUAUCGUUGACAUUCCCGGUCUCCCCGAGUCUGGCGAAUACCACUGGCGUGACGGAGGCGAGGCUCACGUCAACGACCCGGUCAGCAUUGCCAACAUACAGGAUGCCGUGCGCACAAAGAACGACAAGUCCUACGAGGCUUACGCCAAGGCCGAGCAUGAGCAGAUCAAGAACUGCACCCUCCGUGGUAUGCUCGACUUUGACUUUGAGCAGCGCACCCCCAUUCCUAUCGACCAGGUUGAGCCCUGGACCGAGAUCGUGCGCCGUUUCGUCACCGGUGCCAUGUCCUACGGAUCCAUCUCUAUGGAAUCUCACUCCACCCUAGCCAUCGCCAUGAACCGUCUGGGUGGUAAGUCCAACACCGGCGAAGGUGGUGAGGAUCCCGAGCGGAGCAAGCGCAUGGAGAACGGAGACACUAUGCGCUCCGCCAUCAAGCAGAUCGCGUCUGGCCGUUUCGGUGUGACCUCGCACUACCUGGCUGAUGCCGAUGAGCUGCAGAUCAAGAUGGCUCAGGGUGCGAAGCCUGGUGAGGGUGGUGAGCUGCCGGGUCACAAGGUCGUCGGCCCUAUUGCCCAUACCCGUUACUCGACCCCCGGUGUCGGUCUGAUCUCUCCCCCUCCUCACCACGACAUCUACUCCAUCGAAGAUCUGAAGCAGCUCAUUUACGAUCUCAAGUGCUCCAACCCCCGUGCCCGCGUCUCCGUCAAGCUCGUGUCGGAGGUCGGCGUGGGUAUUGUCGCCUCUGGUGUCGCCAAGGCCAAGGCUGACCACAUCCUGAUCUCGGGUCACGAUGGUGGUACCGGUGCUUCACGUUGGACUGGUAUCAAGUACGCUGGUCUUCCCUGGGAGUUGGGUCUUGCGGAAACCCAUCAGACCCUUGUCCUCAACGACCUCCGUGGCCGUGUCAUUGUGCAGACGGAUGGUCAGAUUCGUACUGGCCGCGAUAUUGCUGUUGCUUGUCUGCUUGGUGCUGAAGAGUUUGGCUUCGCUACUACGCCUUUGAUUGCUAUGGGAUGUAUUAUGAUGCGGAAAUGCCAUCUCAACACUUGCCCUGUCGGUAUUGCCACUCAGGACCCUGAACUCCGCAAGAAGUUCCAGGGUACCCCCGAGCACGUCAUCAACUUCUUCUACUAUGUCGCCAAUGAGCUGCGUGCUAUCAUGGCCAAGCUGGGUAUCCGCACCAUCAACGAGAUGGUUGGUCGUGCCGAGCUUCUCAAGGUCCGGGACGACGCCCGCACCCCUAAGCAGGAGAAGAUUGACCUCUCUCUUAUUCUCACCCCGGCUCACUCUCUUCGCCCGGGUGUGGCCACCUACAAUGUCCGCAAACAGGACCACCGUCUCCACACUCGUCUUGACAACAAGCUCAUUGCUGAAUCUGAGCUUGCUUUGGAGAAGGGUCUUCCCUGCAGAAUCGAGUGUGACAUCGUAAACACCGACCGUGGCCUGGGUGCUACUCUGUCUUACCAGGUCAGCCGUCGCUAUGGUGGCGAAGGCCUGCCUCAGGACACCAUCCACGCCAACAUUAAGGGAUCCGCCGGUCAGUCCUUCGGUGCUUAUCUGGCCCCUGGUAUCACCCUGGAGCUGGAAGGUGACGCCAAUGACUAUGUCGGUAAGGGUCUGUCUGGAGGUCGUCUCAUCGUCUAUCCCCCUCGUGGCGCUGCUUUCAAGGCUGAAGAGAACGUCAUCGUCGGUAACACCUGUCUUUACGGUGCUACUCGUGGUACUUGUUACUUCCGCGGUGUGGCUGCUGAGCGUUUCGCUGUCCGUAACUCUGGUGCCACGGCCGUGGUGGAAGGUGUUGGUGACCAUGGUUGUGAGUACAUGACUGGCGGUCGUGUCCUGGUUCUCGGCUCCACUGGCCGUAACUUUGCUGCCGGUAUGUCUGGUGGUAUCGCCUACAUCCUGGAUAUGAACCAAGACUUCCACUCCAAGGUCAACAUGGAGAUGGUGGAAGUUAGUGGACUUGAGGAUCCCGCUGAGAUUGCUUUCGUCCGCGGUCUGAUUGAGGACCACCACCACUACACCGGAUCGGAGCUGGCUGCGCGUAUCCUCCUUGACUUCACUCGCGCCCUUCCCCACUUCGUCAAGGUUCUGCCUACCGACUACAAGCGCAUCCUGGAGGAGGACGCUCGCAAGGCCGAGGCUGCCAAGAAGGCCGAGUUCUCUCUCCCUCAGCUCCCCAGCACUCCGGCCAAGGCUGAGAAGCCCAAGGCCGAUGGUGAUAAGAAGGCCGAGAUGCUGGAUAUCGAGGACAGCAUCAGCGACUCCAAGACGGAGAAGAAGCGCUCUGCCCUGAUCCUCGACAAGACCAGAGGUUUCAUGAAGUACAGCCGCCGCAGUGAGAAGUACCGCAACCCUGCCACCCGUACCCGCGACUGGGCCGAGCUGAACAGCCGUCUCACGGAAGACGAGCUGAAGUACCAGUCGGCUCGUUGCAUGGACUGCGGUGUGCCUUUCUGCCAGUCGGACACUGGAUGCCCGAUCUCCAACAUCAUCCCUAAAUGGAACGAAUUGGUAUUCCAAAAUCAAUGGCAGGAUGCCCUCAACCGUCUGCUCAUGACCAACAACUUCCCCGAGUUCACUGGUCGUGUCUGCCCCGCUCCUUGCGAAGGUGCCUGCGUCCUUGGUAUCAACGAAGACCCUGUGGGUAUCAAGUCUAUCGAGUGUGCCAUCAUCGACCGUGGUUUCGAAAUGGGCUGGAUGGUUCCUCGCCCGCCCCAGACUCGCACAGGCAAGACCGUUGCUAUCAUCGGAUCCGGCCCCGCGGGUCUUGCUGCGGCUGACCAGCUCAACCGCGCCGGUCACUCUGUCACCGUUUACGAGCGUGCUGAUCGUAUUGGUGGUCUACUCAUGUAUGGUAUUCCCAACAUGAAGCUCGACAAGAAGGUGGUGCAGCGCCGUGUGGACUUGAUGGCUGCGGAAGGCAUCAAGUUCGUCACCAACACCGCCGUUGGACCUGACAGUGAGGUCUCGCUGCAAUCUCUGCGCCAAUCCAACGACGCUGUCAUCAUUGCUACUGGUGCUACUGUGGCCCGUGACCUCAAGGUGCCUGGCCGUGAGCUUGAGGGAGUGCAUUUCGCCAUGGAGUUCUUGCAUCGCAACACCAAGUCCCUGCUGGACUCGGAACUUGCGGACAACGCCUACAUCUCGGCCAAGGACAAGCAUGUGGUGGUUAUUGGUGGUGGUGACACCGGUAACGACUGCAUUGGUACCUCUUGGCCCCGUAUCUACCGUGUCGACUACGGUCACUCUGAGGUCAAGACGCACAUGGGCAGGGAUCCUCGCGAGUACUGUGUUAUGUCUAAGGAGUUUGUCGACGACGGCAAUGGCCGCGUGAAGGGCAUCAACACUGUUCGGGUUGAGUGGACCAAGAGCGCUUCGGGCGGCUGGGACAUGAAGACCGUUGAGGGUAGCGAGCAGUUCUUCCCGGCCGACCUGGUUCUCCUGUCCAUGGGCUUCCUUGGCCCGGAGGACCGCCUUCUGGGCGAGGAAAUUGAGCGGGAUGCCCGCAAGAACGUCAAGACGCCCCCGGGCCACUACUCGUCCAACGUUCCGGGCGUGUUUGCGGCCGGUGACUGCCGCCGCGGCCAGUCGCUGAUCGUGUGGGGUAUCAACGAGGGUCGUCAAUGUGCGCGCGAAGUCGACUCGUUCUUGAUGGGUACCAGCUCUGGGCUGCCGGUGACCGGUGGUAUUGUGCGGCGGCCAGCUAUUGAUGCGGUGCCGCAGACUGCGCAGACCGUCUCUGCCUAA